CCUUCAUGUUCCAAACAUCAGCUGUGAUACCUAACCUAUAUUUAUGAGUCAGUGACACAGAAUAAACACAAUGACGAACAGCUGGUGAAAUUAUAAAAAAUAACAAACGUUAUUCCCAUUUUUGGUUUUUAUACUUUGUCAAAAAUGAAUAGUCUAGGUUUGAGCUUGAUUUUUAAAAUGGGCUGUAUAUGUGCAAAAGAAAGCAUAACAGUUAAUGGUAAAAAAUUUACAGUUUUGGAGCAUCUUGGAGAUGGAGGAUUUAGUACCGUAUCGCUAGUCGAAGAUAGCAUAACCCAUAAGAAAUAUGCAAUCAAAAAAAUCAUUUGCCAUGGUCCUGAGGACCAAAGAUUAGCUGUUAAAGAAAUAGAAUAUCAUUCUGUUGUCAACCAUCCAAAUGUGAUAGAGCUUGUUGAUUCUACCCAUCAAGGAACUGCAGAUCCUGUUGUUAACGCUACAAGCGAAGUUUUAUUAGUUUUACCCUACUACCACAAAGGAACAUUAGCCCAUGAGUUGGAGCGGCGAGCCAAGAUGAAAGAAUACAUGGGGUCAAUAGAUAUAUUAAACAUAUUCUUACAAAUUUGUGAAGGAGUUAAAGCGUUUCAUGAGGCUAAACCUGAUCCUCUUGCUCAUAGAGAUUUAAAGACUGCCAACAUUGUUUUGGGAGAUGGAAUGACUCCAGUCAUAAUGGAUUUAGGAUCAGUUGCGCCAGCAAGAGUAAAAGUAUGCGGGAACCAAGCUGCACAAUCUUUGCAAGAAUUGGCAGCGGAAAGAUGCUCAAUGCCAUACAGAGCGCCUGAACUUUUUAAUGUUGAAAGUUAUUGCAUGGUCGAUGAGAGGACAGAUAUUUGGUCACUGGGCUGUAUUUUGUAUGCUAUGUGUUAUUUCAAGUCUCCAUUUGACACGGUAUACGAAAGAGGAGACAGUGUUGCACUAGCUGUAAUUAGUGCAAACAUAACUUUUCCAGAGAAUGCACCAUACAACGAAGACAUGCAGAAUUUGAUUUUGUCAAUGCUAAAGGUCAAUCCAAUGGAACGUCCAUACAUAUAUAGCGUGAUUGAGAGUACUCACGAAGUAUUAGGGAGAUUAGAAGGAAGAGUUUAACAGACCUAUUUAUUACAGCUACUGUAUAUUACUCAAUCGGCAUAAAAUUUAUAACUGUAUUUUUACAUUGCUCAAACUCAAAGCUGCAAAAGUUUUUCAGCAAAAUGUGCAAUUUUAUAAAUGUUAUUGGGAAUUAGUGCAAACGUUUAACUUGCGAAAUAUUUCAUAUAUUCUGUAAAAUACAAAGUAAUUCGACGUUUUUAGAGCUGACAUUUUCGACCAAGUAUUGUAUGUAGGCAUUGAAUUUUGUACAUACAUAUAUAUUAUUUAUGAUGUAUACAUUCCGCGUAUGUACGACCAGUUAGGUAUUUCGUAAGGACAAGAAGUAUUGAAGAAUUUAACUCACUAACAAUGGCAUAAUAUAGUGCAAGAAUUUUUAAAAUCGUGUACUAUACUGCAAGUGAAUGUGUAUACUGUUUGUGCAAUUGAAGCUUGCAAUAGAAAAUCUAUUCUGCUAAGUAUAGUAAAUUUUCACUUCCACAAA